AUGCCUGCUGGGCCACUGCUAGGGCUGUGGUUCAUCUACCUGCCCACCUUUGUGCGGGCGGAGAGUGCCAAGGUGCGUGCCUUGCAAACGGCCUACGAGGUGCUCAAGCACAUGGAGACCAGGAAGGUGGUACUACCGGAUGAGGUGUGUUACAGGAUCCUGAUGCAGCUGUGUGGGCAGUACGGGCAGCCUGUGCUCGCUGUUAGGGUACUUCUGGAGAUGAAGAAAGCUGGGAUCACACCCAACACCAUCACCUAUGCAUACUACAACAAGGUGAGCCAUUAUUUACAUGAAUUAAAAAAUGAGUUGAACCACGUCUGUGAUCCCAUCUGUAGUGUUGUAUUUUUUCUUUCAAUAUUGACUCACCUCUGGCUCUGCCGUCUCUCCUCAGGCAGUGCUGGAGAGCAAGUGGCCCUCUACCAAUCAGGGUGGCCGUCUGCGCUGGGCCAAGUUGCGUAACGUUCUGAUGGCCGUGGCGCAGUUCAGACAGCCAAUCAGACAACGGCAGAAGAGUGGUUCAGUAGGCUCGCGGACAGGUCAGGACAGGACAUAUUUACAUGUUGUUGUUUUUUACUAUUGUUUGUAACAAUAAAUGGUAAUUGAGCCUAAUAUGCAUGGUUUUAAACAAAAUCAUUAUAUAUGUAAAAACAUAGAGGUGAAACAUGUUUUGUCUUUUUAAAAAGAUGUUACAAUGGACAGUAACCAACGGUCCCGCCCACAAUAUAACUUGAUUCGUCAAUCCAGCUGGAGUGGCCUGAGUGAAAGCUCCAGCCACGAAUCGCUGACGGGGUCUAUGGUGAAGAGCAACAGCCUAAACAGCAUGAGAGGCUCAAAAGACAGUGAGUGACAUAUAUCUAUUAUAUGGUAAUAGCACUGUAAUUGGAAUGUUAUAUAAUGUUUAAUAUAACAUAACACUCUCAUCAAACAACUGUGUCUAAUGUUUGGGAACCACCCUCCUAACAAUUUCCACCCCACAGAGUCUAAGCUCUCAAGGAAGGCGGUGCUCCGGAACGCAGGUGCCAAUGGCUGCAGCGACCCUGCCUCCCGUAAGCCCCCCGUGGGGACACGAGACACCUCCACCCCUUCUCCCUUUCCCCCUGGUGGUGUCCUGGUGCGCCGCGACCAGGUGUGCCUUUCCACCUUUUACAAAGACUGUGCUGAGGCGGCCGACUCUGAGCCCGACUUCAGCUGCCAGCCUGGGGAGAGAGACGGCAGGUGAGGGGGUGGAGAAGCUUGGGCUGAUAUGUUCUGGUAUGUGUUGGGAUUACAGUUGAAAUAUCACUCUGAUAUACUAUAAGAGUAUGUCUCCCAUUCCUCUGUUCUCAAUGUAGGCCACCUGGGCCUAGAGACACUGUGAACCGCAAGGCCGUGGAUGAGAACUACAACAAUGUGUCACCGCCGAGUCAAGGCAGCCUGGCGGGGAAACUACAGCAGCUGCUCACGCCUACUCGCCAUAGAGUCUCGGGGCGGCGGGCCGCCAGUGUAGACGCCCGGCGCACGGGGGGAGAAAAUGGGACGGUGCGCAGGGUGUCGGAACAGAGACAAUCCCGAAAAGCUCCGGUGGCUGAGAGCCUCCUGAAGGCUAAGGAGAGGCUCUACAAUGCUACCUCUGAGGUGAGGGAACAACGUGGGUUGUUGUAGCUUAUAGUCUAACUAUACUGUAUUGGCCAACUGAUUUAGUUUACUGGGGUGAAUGUAUUUGCAGAUGUAGGGAGAAAUAUUAAACCUGUCAAAACAUGCUUAAUGUUCCCACAUCGUUUCCCUCUGUAGAGUUCUCUGUCGGUGGGGAGUGACAUUGACCUGCCUGACACCACCAAUUUGGCCUUUCCUCUCCGCAAGUCCUGGGACACCAACCAAGGGGGAGCGGGACUAGAGGUGUUGAUGUCGAGCUGCUCCCUGUGUCGGAGCUGUAACUCCCUGGUCUAUGACGAGGAGAUUAUGGCCGGGUGGACGUCUGACGACUCCAACCUCAACUCCAGCUGUCCCUUCUGCUCGACCACCUUUGUCCCCCUUCUCAACGCUGAGAUCUGUGACCUAGGACCCGUCAGCAGGUAGGACUACUCCUCUCAUCAUAACAUCACCCUCAAAUUGAAGUGCGUCCCAAAUGGCACCCUAUUCCCUAUAUAGUGCACUACUUUUGACCAGGGCCCAUAGAAGUCAAAACAAUCCCUUCAUUUUGACUCCUAUUUAUAUUCAAUCUGUCUAUUCAGGGCCAUAUACAGUCCUUACCAUACAGUGGGGGAAAAAAGUAUUUAGUCAGCCACCAAUUGUGCAAGUUCUCCCACUUAAAAAGAUGAGAGAGGCCUGUAAUUUUCAUCAUAGGUACACGUCAACUAUGACAGACAAAUUGAGAAAGAAAAUCCAGAAAAUCACAUUGUAGGAUUUUUUAUGAAUUUAUUUGCAAUUAUGGUGGAAAAUAAGUAUUUGGUCAAUAACAAAAGUUCUCAAUACUUUGUUAUAUACCCUUUGUUGGCAAUGACACAGGUCAAACGUUUUUCUGUAAGUCUUCACAAGGUUUUCACACACUGUUUGCUGGUAUUUUGGCCCAAUCCUCCAUGCAGAUCUCCUCUAGAGCAGUGUUUUUUUUGGGGCUUUUCCGCGGGCAACCCAGAUUUUCCCAACUCCCCAAAGAUUUUCUAUGGGGUUGAAAAUUUGGGAAAAAGGGGCUAGGCCACCCCGGGAAUUUUAAAAUUUUCCUUAUUUACAAAGGGCCACUCCUUGUUGCCCGGGCGGGGGGUUUUUUGGGAUCAUUGUCAUGUUUGAAAAAACCCAGCCCCCUUUCCACCCUUCAACCCCUUGUGUUUGGAAGGGGGUUUUUAAUAAAAAUUUCUCACGAUCAUGGCCCCAUUCAUUUUUUCCUUUUACCCCGGACAUUGUCCUGGCCCCUUUGCAAAAAAACACCCCCAAAGCAUGAUUUUUUUCCCCCCCGGGCUUCACAGUAGGGUUGGGUUUUUUUGGGUUUGGAAAAACCUAGCUUUCCCUUUGUCCUCCAAACACCGACGAUUUUAAAAUUUUUUCCAAAAAGUUAUUUUUUGGGGUUUCAUCGCCCUUUUAGGGACAUUCUCCCAACCCUCUUCGGGAUCAUCCAAAUGCACUCUAGAAAACAACAGAGGGGCCGGGGCCCAUGUAUUUGGCUUAAGCGGGGGGAAAACCGCUGGAAAGGGCGGGUUUUGAGUCCCUGGCGGCGUAUUUUUUAAAUGAUGGUAGGUUUGUUUUUUUUGGUUUCCCAGCUCUUUUCAGGCCCAUUCACUGGGGGUCCCCCGGUGGUUUUGGGUUUUUUGUCACCGUUUUGUGAUCAUUUUGACCCCACGGGGUGAGAUUUUUGGGGGGAGCCCCAAUUAGGGGGGAUUAUCAGUGGUUUUGGGAUGUCUUCCCAUUUCCUAAAAAUUUUGCUCCCACAUUUUGUUUCCCUUCAAACCAAGCUGCUUCCCCAUUGCAGAUUAGUUCUUUUUCCCCAGCCUGGGGGCGGGGUCUAAAAUUUUUUUUCGGGGUGCCCUUUUGGGACAGCCUUUGGUCUUGGCCAUAGUGGAUUUUGGAGUGGGACUGUUUGAGGUUGGGGAAAGGGGGGUUUUUUUUAAAAUAAAUAAAAAAUUCAAACAGGUGCCUUUAAAUCGGGGGAAACGAGUGGGGGACAAAGGACCCCCUUAAAAGAAAAAUUUUUCUUUAAGGCCCUGUGAGACCCCAGAAAUUUGCUUUUUUGUAGGUGCCCCAAAUACUUUUUUUCCACCAUAAUUUCCCAAAUAACUUCAAAAAAAAUUUAACAAGGGUUUUUUCUGGAGAGAAAAAAAUCUAAAUUUUGGUCGUCAUAGUUGAGGGGUUUUACCUAUGAUAAAAUUACGGGCCUCUUCAAUCCUUUUUUUAAAUGGAAACUUGCAAAAAUUUGGUUUUGGCUACAAAAUAUUUUUUUCCCCCACUGAAAUUUUUUUGGGAAAGUAAAGGGCUACGGUUUUUACUGUCUAAAUCCAUUGUUUGAAGACUUUUUAAUGUAUGGGGACUGUAGGGUAGGUGAGGACUAAAAUGUAGGGUUGAGGACUGUUGAUUUUUUAAAAACUAAUGAACGUUUAGCCCUUUUGUCACCCAACCCCUUCUUUUUUGACUCCCCAAAAAAAAGGGGCUCACCCCCGCCUGGAGGGGUUCCCAACUGGAACACGGGGAGGAGGGGAGAGUGCCCCAAAGCCCCCCUGGGGGCCAGGAGGCCACCCGGGGUUCACAACGGUUUUAG